UAUCAAGGCGAAAGGCUUGCUUUUAUAAGGAGCUUCGAUUCGAAAGGAAAUGGUAUGUUCGAGGAUCGAGGCUGAUCCUGCUAGAGAGCUUUUUCGUGUGGGGUCGUGGCUUGUUGAUGGACGGGAGUUUGGAUUCGGAUCCUAAGUCGCCAUUACUGCACAAGGAUGAGCAGCAGGGUCCCAAGGCUAAAGGCGGAGGAGGGCGGCUCCCUCGCCGGAACUCCGUCAACUCUUUGAGGAGUGAAUUUGUGUCGAAAUUGCCUGAAAAGGUCCGUUCUGGCAUCGACUCUGAGUCCUCCAAUGUUGAUUUUUCCAGAACUGAAGGCUUAGGCAAAGAGAAGGAAUACUAUGAAAGACAGUUUGCUACUCUGAAGUCAUUUGAGGAAGUUGACACCAUAGUGAUAUCUGAUGGCAUAGACGAGGUAGACAGUGAGGAACAGGCUCAACAUGAAAAAGCAAUGAAGAUCUCGAACUUCGCAAACAUAGUUUUAUUGGCACUAAAGAUUUAUGCGACAGUUAAGAGUGGGUCAAUAGCUAUUGCAGCAUCAACUUUAGAUUCUUUGCUUGAUCUUCUGGCUGGUGGAAUACUCUGGUUCACUCACCUCUCGAUGAAGAACAUAAAUAUCUACAAAUACCCGAUAGGAAAGUUGAGAGUGCAGCCAGUGGGCAUAAUUAUCUUUGCAGCUGUCAUGGCCACACUUGGCUUUCAGGUGUUUGUGCAAGCUGCAGAUCAAUUAAUAGAAAAUAAGCCUUCUGAAAAGAUGUCUUCUGAUCAGCUAGCCUGGUUAUACUCUAUCAUGAUAUUUGCAACAGUGGUGAAAUUAGCACUGUGGCUUUACUGUAGAAGCUCAGGAAACAAGAUUGUUCGUGCCUAUGCAAAGGAUCACUAUUUUGAUGUUGUGACAAAUGUAGUUGGAUUGGUAGCAGCUGUUUUUGGCGAUGAAUAUUACUGGUGGCUUGACCCAGCUGGUGCUAUCUUGCUUGCAAUUUAUACAAUUACAAACUGGUCUGGCACGGUCAUGGAAAAUGCAAUUUCACUAGUGGGACAAUCUGCACCUCCUGAAGUUCUGCAGAAGCUAACAUAUCUUGUUUUAAUGCACCCUGAAGUUAAGCGUGUUGACACUGUUCGCGCAUACACAUUUGGCGUUCUAUAUUUUGUAGAGGUUGACAUUGAACUGCCAGAGGAUCUCCCUUUAAAAGAAGCACACGCCAUUGGAGAGACCCUACAAAUAAAGAUCGAGAAACUUCCAGAAGUUGAGCGGGCAUUUGUUCAUCUAGACUUCGAAUGUGAUCACAAACCGGAACACUCCGUUCGAAGCACAUUGCCAAACAGUGAGCCUUAAGUGUAUACAAAUCCGUUCAGUGGUCAACAAAUAUACGUGUCUUGGAACCGUUGGACCUUCGGCAACGUACAUUUUUCUGCAAGAAUAUCAUAGCAGUAUUCGGCUGUAAUGUAUCAGACAAGAUUUUAUAACUUUCAUGCUUGCGAGGAAAUUUUACAACUUCUCCCAAAUCUUUAGAAGGGAACAGGUUAUGUCACUUUCUGGUUUGAAAUCUCGAAACUUUAAUGGAUGCUUGAUCCAAAAUGGUACAUGCUCAAAAUUUUCGAACGUCAGUAUGUCAUUAGAAUCAAUUUGGCAAGUUGCAUAGUAUGUUUGUAAUGGAGGAAUAUUCCUGUUCACAUGAUGUUGCAUCAAAGGCGUCUAUUUUUCAAUAUUGUUAAAUAGAUCAAUUCAAGCUCA